GGGAUGGGGCUGGGAAUGCUGCGUGGUGGCACGCUGGCCCACGUUCUUUCGCGCCGGGGCCCGAGUGCGGUCAGGGAGGAAGGAAGGUAGCGCACACCUUUGCUCCAAUGGCUGCAGCCCUUCCGCGCGCACUCCCCCAGGGUAGGAUGGACGACUACCCCGAGGACCGUUCACUGAACUGGCUGGACAGAGAAACCCAGAAGCGCCUUAGCAGACAGGGCCGGGAGGUGCUGCAGCGGGCGCAGAGGAGAGCUGUCAACCGGUCCUCACUGGGGGAAGAUCUUCGGGGAGAAGGGAAACCGAUAAACCUCAAUACUUCAUUCAAUACAAUGAUGGAAUACAUGGAUUACGUUUCAAGCCAGUGUGGGAGGUUUCAUUCUGUACCAGAAAAGGCAGCGCUGAAUCAUGUCUACAGAUAUCACCAAAACCACUCGGACCCAAUGUCCUCUUCCUGGGUGAGACGGAAAAAAUCCACAUCCCAAGACCCUAGAGAGAGCUACCAAGUAACAAAGAUUGGCCCAGGACCAUCCAUGUUUGAUCCAGGAUCAUCCAGGUUUGACCCAGGACCAUCCAAGUUUAACACAGGACCAUCCAGGUUUAACUUGGGGUCAUCCAAGUUUGACCCAGGACCAUCCAGGUUUGACCCAGGACCAUCCAGGUUUGACCCAGGACCAUCCAAAUUUGACCCAGGACCAUCCAGGUUUUACGCAGGACCAUCCAGGUUUGACUUGGGGUCAUCCAAGUUUGACCCAGGACCAUCCAGGUUUGACCCAGGACCAUCCAGUGUUGGCCCAGGACCAUCCAGGUUUGACCCGGGACCAUCCAGGUUUGACCCGGGACCAUCCAGGUUUGACCCGGGACCAUCCAGGUUUGACCCGGGACCAUCCAGGUUUGACUCGGGAUCAUCCAGGUUUGACACAGGGUCAUCCAGUCUUGGCCCAGGACCAUCCAGGUUUGACCCAGGACCAUCCAGGUUUGACCCAGGACCAUCCAGUCUUGGCCCAGGACCAUCCAGGUUUGGCCCAGGACCAUCCAGUCUUGGCCCAGGACCAUCCAGGUUUGGCCCAGGACCAUCCAGUCUUGGCCCAGGACCAUCCAGGUUUGGCCCAGGACCAUCCAGUCUUGGCCCAGGACCAUCCAGGUUUGGCCCAGGACCAUCCAGGUUUGACUCGGGGUCAUCCCAGUUUGACCUAGGACCAUCCAGUCUUGGCCCGGGACCAUCCAAGUUUGACCCAGGACCAUCCAAGUUUGACACAGGGUCAUGGAGUCUUGGCCCAAGAUCAUCCGAGUCUAUGGCCAGAACAAGUUCAAAGGACAUCACGAUAGAAGUUUGUCCAGGCACCUAUACUGUCACAGUAGGGUCCCCUAAUGUAACCACAACGCACAUGAUAGAGGUUGACUCAGGAGAAAUCAUCGAUCUGAGUUUCCCUCUUUAACACUGGUCAGCACCGGUUUUUUUUUUUUAAUAGCAAAGAGUAUUAAACCAAACCACCCUGCGGUUCUCUUUGUCACUAUUUAUGCACGAAAAGUAUGUCCAUGGAGUGCCAAUCAAGCAGGUCAGAUAUCCUAGGAGCUCUGGUCUGUCUUGAAGAGUGUUUUAACUAAAUGCUCUGAAAGGGGAGAGAAAGGACGUAUCUCUUGCCUUCCCCAGCCUGAAUGUGAGGAAUCAUGUGCCUUGAUAUUUGACUGUAAAAUUGUGAUUGUUUUCUUUUUCCUUAUGCAGUUAAUCAUGGAAAUAAAGAAAUUUUGGAAGUAAAAAGA